GGGAAGCUGCUGGAGGAGGAGGCGGCUGCAGGAAGCUGCUGGUGGAGGAGGUUUCGGGAAGCUGCAGGUGGAGGAGGCUGCAGGAAGCGGCUGCAGGAGGAGGUUUCGGGAAGCUGCAGGUGGAAGAAGCUUCGGGAAGCUGCGGGAAGCUGCGGGAGGCAGCAAGAGGCUGCAAGAUGCUGUGGCUGCUGCUCUGUCUGCUUCCUCCGGUGGGCGGCAGCAGAAUCGUCGCCCCGGACGUCACUUAUAAAGAAAGACACAGCCACGAGGAGGUCGUCGUGACGACGAGGCCUCACAUCUUUAACUGCCGCUCGCCCAACAUGGAGGACUUCAGCUGCUGGUGGCAUCCGCUCGACAACCUGACGGACGGACAGCAGGUCACCUACGUCCUCACCUACUCCAUGGAUAAGGGCCCCAAACACGAGUGUCCGGACUACGUGACCGCCGGCCCCGACAGCUGCCACUUCGACAGCAGCCACACGUCCAUCUGGAAGAUCUACUGUCUGAACGUGACCGCCGUCACCGCACACGGGAACUACACUUCCCAGGAGCACUGCCUGGACGUGGCAGAGAUAGGUGAGGACUGGCUUUACAGGGCAUGCCUCCUUUAA